AUGACUGCCAUGACUUCGGAAUCUAAUAUGGGUCAGUUCCACAAUAUGCCUCCCAACAGCUCGCUCUUGUCGAGCCAGGCCCCUCUCCAGCACCACCACAUCCCUAUCACCCACUCCCAUCCCCAUCACCACCCGGGCUCCGCGCAGCCCCCUCUCUUGAGCUCGCUCAUCACCUCGUUCCCCUCUGCAUCAGCAUCUCCCAACACUUCCAGCGUCCUCAAGUUGAGCAACAUCCCCUCCGACAUCACCAAGAGGGAAGCCACCCUCUUGUUUGCCUUGGUCAUCGAUGAAGUCAUAAAUAUCGAGAUAAACGACUUUGUCAUUUACGCAUACUUCAAGAACAUCAACACUUGUUUGACUGCAGCUAAAUUGCUUGAUGGCAAGUACAUCUUUGGUAACGAGUAUCCUCCUAUCAAGGUCGACUACGAUGCAUUGAGUUCGCCUCCUCAAAACACUGCAUUCAAUUCCAUGAGGUUGUCCAACUCAAACAUCUCUCCUCCUCAUCUUAACCCACCACUCCACCACCAAAACUCUAGUGCUUCCAUCAACGCCCCCUCGCAACCCCAGUCCUCCCAGCAACCACAGCAAUCACAGCAACCACAAUCGCAACAGGGUCAACAGCAGCAUCAGCAACAGGGUCAACAGGGUCAACAACCUUCAUCUAAUGGCAACAAUGCUGCCAAUGCUGCAUUUGACAACUUUCAAAAGAGACAAUCGAUAGGUAACCAAAGAUCAAGGUUCGUCUUCAGCGAUCCUUUCUCUGGUGCUGGCUCGGGAUCAAAUUCUAACGCUCUUACUCCCUCUGGCACUUCUAACCCUCCAAGUGCUACUAUCGAUUUAUCUGACUUGACUGGAAAGUCAAUUUUAUUGAUGGAAUCGCAGAAUGAUGCUAGAGAAUACGAUAACCUUGUUAGGGAUCCAUGGGGUUCUAAUCCAAACUCUGCAAAUCCCAACAACCAGAGUAUGCCUUUGAACUCUGCUCCUCAAACACCUGGUCUCAAUAACACUCAUGCUGCAUUUGACUGGACUACAGCAAAUCAUUCUACUGCAUCUUCCUCGACUCCUGCAGUUUCCAACGGUACCACUACAAGUAACAGUAACAAUAAUAACCCUGGUGGAAGUAACAUCAAUGGUACCCAACCAAACGAUCGCAGAAGAGCUUCGUCGGCAUUUUUCAACAACAAUUCUGCAUUGCAUUCUUUAUCUAAUCAACCCACCACUGCAUCCAUUUUGGCUAAUCAACAGCAGCAGCAACAACAACAACAACAACAACAACAACAGCAGCAGCAGCAACAGCAGCAACAGCAACAACAGCAACAACAACAGCAGCAACAGCCACCCUUGGGUAGCCAUCAUUCUUCAUCCACUGUUGCUCAAGGUCCUACUGCUGCUGGUAUACUAAGUGCGCAACUGCAACAGCCCCAAGCUCAAGCAAACCAACAAGCACUGUUGCAAGGGGCCACUAACAGUAUGUCACAAUUGAACUUACAGUCACAAGCAGGUGCCAGCAAACCCCCAACAUCUGCCAGUAUUUCGGGAGCCAAGCAGCUGACGAAUACUGCGCCUGCACCAGGUCAAACAAGCCCAGGUACCGCUGCUGCUACUACAGCACAGGCUGCUUCGACUUCAAGGCAAUCAGCUCCAACCAAGGAUGUACCAGAUUUGUCAUUGUUAGCCAGAGUUCCCCCUCCUGCCAACCCUGCCGAUCAAAACCCUCCUUGUAACACCUUGUAUGUGGGUAACUUACCACCAGAUGCCACCGAAGCAGAGCUUAGGGCAUUGUUUUCUCCACAAAAGGGUUUCCGUCGUUUGUCGUUCCGUACCAAGAACCAAUCACAAUCCGGUGGACCAAGUAGUGGAUCUAGUAACCACAACCAUGGACCUAUGUGUUUUGUUGAGUUUGAAGACGUUGCUCAUGCUACUAGGGCAUUAGCAGAAUUAUAUGGAAGAGCAUUACCGAGACCAAAUGGAAGCAACGGUAAGGGAGGAAUCCGGUUGUCGUUCUCUAAGAAUCCUUUGGGAGUUCGUGGCCCCGGGAACCCUAGAAGAACAUCGGCCAACCAAUUGCCAACCACUUCAUCAUCGUCUACCAAUGUUCAAGGCAAUCUUUCUAGCAACAAUGGUGUUGGUAACUACGGAUACCUGAGCUACCAAAAGUGA